CUAGCGGCGGCCCCCGGCGAGGUUCACUGCGCUUGCGCUGACAGACGCAAGAUGGCGGACAGUGCGGAACUAAAGCAAAUGGUUAUGAGCCUUAGAGUUUCUGAGCUCCAAGUACUGUUGGGCUACGCCGGGAGAAACAAGCACGGACGCAAACACGAACUUCUCACAAAAGCCCUGCAUUUGCUAAAGGCUGGCUGCAGUCCUGCUGUACAAAUGAAAAUUAAAGAACUCUAUAGGCGGAGGUUCCCCCAGAAAAUCAUGACGCCUGCGGACUUGUCCAUCCCCAACGUACAUUCAAGUCCUAUGCCAGCAACUUUGUCUCCAUCUACCAUUCCACAGCUCACUUAUGACGGUCACCCUGCAUCAUCACCGUUACUCCCUGUUUCUCUUCUGGGACCUAAACAUGAACUGGAACUCCCACAUCUAACAUCAGCUCUUCACCCAGUCCAUCCGGAUAUAAAACUUCAAAAAUUACCAUUUUAUGACUUACUGGAUGAACUGAUAAAACCCACCAGUCUAGCUCCUGGUAACCACCAUUGCACUUUCGUUUCUAAGAAUUUAACUACUUUAGAUUCAUCAUCAUCAGACAACAGUCAGCGCUUUCGAGAAACCUGCUUUGCGUUUGCAUUGACGCCACAGCAAGUGCAGCAGAUCAGUAGUUCCAUGGAUAUUUCUGGGACCAAAUGUGACUUCACAGUGCAGGUCCAGUUAAGGUUUUGUUUAUCAGAAACCAGUUGUCCGCAAGAAGAUCACUUCCCACCCAACCUUUGUGUGAAAGUGAAUACAAAACCUUGCAGCCUUCCAGGUUAUCUUCCACCUACUAAAAACGGUGUGGAACCAAAGCGACCUAGCCGACCAAUUAAUAUCACCUCCCUUGUCAGGUUGUCCACAACUGUACCAAACACCAUUGUUGUUUCUUGGACUGCAGAAAUUGGAAGAAACUAUUCCAUGGCAGUAUAUCUUGUAAAACAGUUGUCCUCAACAGUUCUGCUUCAGAGGUUACGAGCAAAGGGAAUAAGGAAUCCGGAUCAUUCUAGAGCUUUAAUUAAAGAGAAAUUGACCGCGGAUCCAGACAGUGAAAUAGCUACAACCAGCCUGAGGGUUUCUCUUCUGUGUCCACUUGGUAAAAUGCGGCUGACAAUUCCAUGUCGGGCCCUUACAUGUUCUCAUCUGCAGUGUUUUGAUGCAACUCUUUAUAUUCAGAUGAAUGAGAAAAAGCCAACCUGGGUUUGUCCUGUCUGCGAUAAGAAGGCGCCAUAUGAACACCUUAUUAUUGAUGGCUUGUUUAUGGAAAUCCUAAAGUACUGUACAGAUUGUGAUGAAAUACAGUUUAAGGAGGAUGGCUCUUGGGCACCUAUGAGGUCAAAGAAAGAAGUACAGGAAGUUUCUGCCUCUUACAAUGGAGUCGAUGGAUGCUUGAGCUCCACAUUAGAGCACCAGGUGACUUCUCACCACCAGUCCUCAAAUAAAAAUAAGAAAGUAGAGGUGAUUGACCUCACCAUAGACAGUUCAUCUGAUGAAGAGGAGGAAGAGCCAUCUGCCAAGAGAACCUGUCCUUCCCUGUCUCCCACAUCACCACUAAAUAAUAAAGGGUAAGUACUGAGAAUUAAAAACAAAAAACUCCUUGACGAAGUUACUUUUGCAAAUAGAAUUAAAAGAUCUGCCAAAUAAAAUGAUUAU